CUGCUUAAAAUAUUUCCUUGCCACGGCGUGUAGUCCCUUACUUCUGUUUGCCUUCCGUGUGGAAGAAGAGUUCAGUAGUGCAGCAAGAUUUCAAUGUGGAGAUUCAAUCUUGUCUACGGCAGUCGCGCACACACUUUUAUGGAGUUCAUCAUCGACAGUGGAGAUUGGUGUCAGGCACAACACGAGUGAGGCGCUGGCGAGUUUCCGUUGAAUGGGUUAACCUACAUCACUUAAAGCACGGCUAGGAACAGCGAAUUUUACUGAACCUUGGUAGAAAUCAAAUUUGUAAGAAAUAGAAUUAAUGACAGACAUGAAAAUGCCUUCUGGAACCCGAGUACCUAAUAACCAAGGGAGAUCCUUACAUGGACCUGGCCCUGUUAUGGUGGAGCAUAAGAACAUGAAGUUUUUGAUCACAGAUCGUCCCACGGACGCGACUUUGCCACGUUAUUUAGAGGAUCUCAAGAAAUACGACGCUCAUAUUGUUGUGAGGGUGUGCGAACCGACGUACAGCGUGGAUUUAUUGAAGAAGCAAGGAAUAGAUGUUUUGGACUGGGCCUUUGAUGAUGGUGCAGCACCACCUAAAGAAGUAGUCGAGGGCUGGCUGCAGUUGCUAAAAAAGAAGUUUAAAGAAAAACCAGGAUCUUGUAUUGCUGUGCAUUGUGUGGCAGGGCUUGGCAGAGCACCAGUCCUUGUAGCACUGGCUCUUAUUGAAAGUGGAAUGAAGUAUGAAGAUGCUGUGGAAUUUAUCAGAAGGCGAAGACGAGGGGCAAUUAAUGCUAAACAACUAAGUUAUCUUGAGCAGUACAAGUCUUCAAAACUGCUUAGGGAGAAAGGAGGAGCCAAUUGUUGCAUCCAGUAAGGCACAGGCAGCAUUUAACCUUGACAACAAGAAGUAAAAAUGCUGUCAAUUAAUUAAUGUACGUGUUUUAUUGUAAAGGAAGAUUUCUGGAUAAGUUAUUUUUAGGGCUUGACUAUGGAAUUCUGAAGAGCCUUUUAAAUAGCAGCAGAUGUUUUUUCUGUCUAAGUGACCAGAUGUCUAUGUAGUUAGAACAGUGAAAGCAAUGAAUUUCUUUUCUUUGUCCAUUUUUUUUUUUUAUAUAAUAAUUCGACGAACACAGAGAAGAUGGUUGCCACGUGAGACUCAAAUUAUUAUUUUAGGCGAGCUGAUGGAGGCAGCUCUGUUCUAGGAGCAAAAACAGCAGCAUCUACAAAGCUUUGUGACAGGUUCAAUAAUACAGGAAUGUAAGGCAAACAAAUCAUAAUAAAGCAGGGGAAUUUCAUAAAACAGAACAUGGUCAAUAAAUUUGAUAAAAUUGGAUGAACAUCUAGUGUGAACUGUUUUCUUUUUUCUCAUACUUGGCUAGUAAAUAAAUUUUGUAUAGAGAAGACAUGUAGUAACUGUCAGCUUGUAAAUUAAAACAUGUUUAGCAGCAGUUAUCAACUGAUUCAAUCCUCCACCCAGGGUGUGCCUAGUCACCAAUUUCUUGUUCUCCACGACAGUUUAUUAUAGGCUGCCAGGUUAUGACAGUGUAUGAUCUAAUCAGCUAAGAAAAAGGCUAAUUCUUCCACAGAGACUUGUGUUAAUUGCAGUGCUGAAUGGACUUUUAGAUCACUGUAUCUUUCAAUAGUAAACUGCCAAUUAACAGUUGCAUUUUACUUUGCUGUCUGUCAGAUGUCAUCAAAACAUCAGAACAAAAAAAAAAUGACCGUAAUGAAUUGAAAAAAGCUCAUGUCUACAUGUAAGUUGAGAUUGGUGAUUACUGGCAAUACAGUUAUUUGAUUAUUUUUUUUUUACGGGCUUAUUUCAUUUACGUAUUGCCAUAAUAAUUAUUAUGAUUGACAGCAGUAUAAUGUGCAGCUGUUACAGGUAGGUUUUUAACUUUGAGGCUUUGCAUUAUUGCAAAGUGCAGUGCCACUAUUUUUUCCUUCAGUUCCAAGCUGAGAAUAUCUAAUUUCGUUAUGCUCAGUAUUACAUAAUAGUUUGAAUUAUUUUUCUUGAGUUAUUUAUUAGAUUAUGAGAAUUUAAGACUAGAAGACAACAUGAUUGUACAGCUGUACCUAUUUUUUCUUCUCUUUGUGUAGUUGGAAGGGAGAAUUUACAUGUAGCAUGCUGGGGAUGACCAUUCUAUUACCAACUUGGAUUUUUACUGCCUUUUUGUUUUGUAAGAAUACUGACCAUCUUAACUUCAAGCAAAAGCGGCAAAAUAAUGUUCUUGCCUAGACUAGGUGUCCAGGUACAUCUGUUAGAGGUUUCAACUGUAUGCUGUUUUUUGUUUUUUUUCAUUUUCAUUUCUCUUACAAUGUGACUACUCCGACCAACACUAGUUAAGCAAAUUCUUUGCAAAUUGACCACUGACAGUUUAGAAACUUGUGUUAAAAUAGUUACUAAUCAAAAUAAGCACAGAUCUGGGGCCUCUGUAAUGCACAGCUUGAUUUCUAACAUAAUUUGUCAGAAAACUAUUGUUAACAUCUCCAAUUUUCACUAAAUUUUGUUGGGCAGCCUUGGAAAGAGUAAGUCGCACCGUAAAAAGUGUUUCCAUUUUAACAGUAUUUGUGUAGUUUCAUUAACAGUUACAUGUACAUGUUACAGGCAUACCAGUUAGUACUAUUAUUGAGGUACCCAAUUCCACUUGGAAAUCUGCAUUUUCUCAAAGAAUAACUGGGAGCAAUGUUUUUAUUAUCUGCAUUACAAGGGGGUGAUUAAGUUAAAUAAGAGUAUUUCAAAGGAAGUAGAAUAAUCUAAUCUCAGUUAAAUAACAAAGCACAGUGAUGUAGAUAUAGCAGCCAGUAUGCAAGAUUUCAAUCUUAAUUUCACAGUACAUUAGCACUCAAAAUUAGGACUACAAAUUGUACUCAUUUUAUUUUUGUGCCGGCACAAAAAAGAAGUAUAGUGAACCUCAGAAUUACAUGUAGAUCUUUUAUUAUUUUUCAAAUCUUAAAGUGCAAAGGGCAUUCAGUGUGUUUGACAGUGAUUCAGCUGGUUCAGUUCCAUUGCUACAUCUGUGAUUCGUGGAUAGAACUUAUGCAUGAACGUGCAAGUGGCUGAAGUAAAAUUAUAACUCAGAUUGAAGUAGGUGCCAAUUAAUGAUAAUACUCUUGAUUUUCCUAAACCUUAUUGCAUUGCCUGCCUGACAAGUUUUGGAAUUUCACCUUGUCAAUACAACUUUCAUAGAACUGAAAACACGUUUCUGGUUCUCUCUCAAUAAAUAUUCUUUAAUUACUACAAAUAAAGAUAUUAGGGUUAUUUUAUCCAGGUAACAUAACUAAUGCACAUAACAGCCAGACUCUACUUUUCUGGUUCAGUUUGAACUUUCCUUGUGUCUUUCAAUGAUUAAACUGAGUUUUUCUGUGGGUACAAAUAAUGACAUGUAUUCACAGGAAACUGUUUUACAAGCUCGUACAAAUCAGUUUAGCGUAACUGUACAUGUUUAAUGAAAAUAGUAAUAACUGCUGUAAAUAAACCUAUCCUGUGUGUAGAUAGCGUGUAACUUAAUACAGUUACAGUGUAUUUUUCUAUCCAUAAAAGGUAAUAAUCGAACUAUUCUUUUAGUAGGAAGCACAAAAUCUGGGAAGAAUAAAGAAGCUGAAACUGUCGAAGUAG